UCGCUUUCUCGAGACUAUUUAAGAUCAGAGUUCAAAUUCAUUUAUAUAUACUGAGAGAGAGAGAAAGAGAGAGAGAGAGAGAGAGAGAAUGGAAGGAAUUGAAGCGAAAACCAGAGACGAGGCUCGCAAAUUGCUGAUGGCCAUUCGCUGUGCCAAAGCUGCGCUUCUGCUUUCUUCACUGAAAUCAUCCGUGAGUCGCGUCUUCGAAGCUGCAAACAAUGACGAAGACGAGGAAAAGGAGAAGAUGAGGAGAGAAAUUGAAAAUCUGAGGGUGGAGUUAGUGAAGGAGCGACUGAAGAUCAAGAAAAUCAAACUCUGUGGAGUGAUGGAGUUGAUUCUUCAACUCAUCUUGGUUAUGUUGAUUUCCAGUUUCCAUAUGACGCUAGCGUUCGAUUUCUUCCUCUGUGAUGAUGAAUCUUCCUUUUUGUAAUUAAUGAACAAACUAGCUAUAGCUUGAACUUUUUUAAAAAUGUUCAGUCAUUUAGAAUAGGAACAUUGAAUCCAUUGUGAAGAAAAUUUAGUUGUUUGUUUGAGAUAAAUUGCCAAACAAAUUUACUCAUCAUUACUUUGUUGUUUUGUGUUUGUUCCGAUUACGACAUUGCAAUUUUAUGUUACAAUGAUUGCCAAUUUCAUCAAUUUCAUCCAUAAGGCUAA